AUGUUUUCAGGUUUCGGUUCUCUUGGCGGCGGGAACGGUUUUACCAAUAUACCUCAAACCUUUGAGGAGUUCUUCAGAUGCUACCCUAUAGCAAUGAUGAAUGAUAGAAUACGGAAAGAUGACGCCAACUUCGGCGGGAAAAUAUUUCUACCACCAAGUGCCCUAAGUAAACUUUCAAUGUUAAACAUAAGAUAUCCAAUGCUAUUCAAGUUAACAGCAAAUGAAAGUGGACGUGUGACGCACGGUGGUGUUUUAGAAUUUAUUGCCGAAGAGGGCAGAGUUUACUUACCACAAUGGAUGAUGGAAACUUUGGGCAUACAGCCAGGGUCUCUAUUACAAAUAUCGUCUACUGAUGUACCUCUGGGUCAAUUCGUGAAAUUAGAACCUCAAUCUGUGGACUUUUUAGAUAUUUCUGACCCCAAAGCCGUCUUAGAGAACGUACUAAGGAACUUUUCAUCUUUAACCGUGGACGAUAUUAUUGAGAUCAGUUAUAAUGAUAAAACAUUUAAGAUUAAGAUUCUAGAGGUUAAGCCAGAAACAUCAUCGAAGAGUAUAUGUGUCAUUGAAACGGAUUUAGUGACAGAUUUCGCUCCACCUGUAGGAUACGUUGAGCCCGACUACGAAGCACUGAAGGCCCAGCAAGACAAAGGAAAAAAGAACGGUUUUGGUAAGGGCCAAGUUUUGGAUCCCUCGGUGCUUGGACAAGGAUCAAUGUCCACAAGAAUUGACUAUGCGGGUAUUGCCAACAGCAUCAAAAACAAGCAGUCAAAAUUUGUAGGGCAAGGACAGAAUAUAUCUGGUAAGGGUCUCAAGGCAGAACCAAAGCAAAAUAUAAAAGAUAUAAAGAUAACACUUGAUGGUGAGCCCGCCAGGCUAGAUUUACCCGAGGGUCAAUUAUUCUUCGGCUUCCCAAUGGUACUACCGAAGGGGAAUGAAGAGUGCGACAGUAGAGCCAAAUCGAAUGAACAAAAUUUCCAAGGUCAAGGGAUCUCAUUAAGGAAAAGUAAUAAAAGGAAGCCAAAGAAAGACCAUGAUUCGUCCAAAUCCAAAGCUCCCAAGAGUCCUGAAGUCAUCGAAAUUGAUUAG